CUGACAUCACAGUGACAUGUGAUGGUUGCGAGCAGGAGCGCUGGCUGAACAUUCAGCGCUCAAAAUAUUAAUUUAAAUAGAAAGUUUCUUACAUAUCAAAAGUAAAUUACAACUAUAGUGUUAGAAAAGAAAUAUCAAUAAAAUUCACAAUGCGUUCUAGGAUAAUUAUUGGACUUUUUAGAGCAACGUGUAAAUGGCUGGUGAUAUUAGCAUGUAUACUGACAACAUGGUUGUUUGCUCGGAUUUACCAAGAGCUUCUCAGUGCUUAUGAACAGUCUGGCAGACUUAUGGACAUAGAAUACUCAUGGUGUUUCCGCCUUUUAUUAAAUAUUGGUGGUUAUCUCACAGUUCUACUGCCGGGCUUCAUAUUGUACAAAUAUCUUGAUAGAUCCAAUUACUUUGAUAAGAUUGGUAAUAGCACUCAUUUAUCCCGCGCACUUUAUGCGUGUUUCGGUGAACCUAAUGAACGGUUACCGGAUUCCGUGAAGCCGUCGAAAGUUGACGAAACUCCAUCAAGAGAGAGUGCUGAGUUGGCCUUCUGUUUUACCGGGUUGAUGGGUGCAUAUCUUGUAUGGGGACUGCUGCAGGAGAAAAUUAUGACACAGAACUAUGUAAUGUCAGACGGGACAUUAAUAAAGUUCAACGACUCUCAAUUCUUAGUAUUCAUUAAUCGUAUGCUGGCAUUCCUAGUGGCCCUCGGACGAUUACUGUGGACGAGGCAGCCACUAGUGUCAGCACCAUUAUACAAGUUUUCAUAUUGUUCCGUCACUAAUAUUGUCAGUACAUGGUGCCAAUACGAAGCUUUGAAGUAUGUCAGCUUUCCCACACAGGUAUUAUCGAAAUCAUGUAAAGUGAUACCUGUUAUGUUGAUGGGAAAACUGAUAUCCCGGAACAAGUAUGAGUUGUACGAGUAUGUGACAGCGGUCAUGAUAUCUGUCGGAAUGGUGCUCUUCAUGUUUGGUAGCCAUGAUGAUUAUACAGUGUCAACAGUGACGACAAUGUCAGGGCUCACACUCCUAGCUCUGUACAUGCUUUGCGACAGUUUCACAUCGUCAUGGCAAGGGGCCUUAUUUACACGAUACAACUGCACUUCGUUGCAAAUGCUGUGCGGGGUCAAUCUGUUCUCUUGCGCCCUAACUGCGGCUGCGUUAGCGCAACACAACACUACGAUACAUUCCCUGAGGCUGUUACAGCAUCCCGUAUUCGCGAUGGACUGCCUCCUACUCUCUGCUAGUUCUGCAGUAGGCCAACUGCUCAUAUAUAGGACGAUAGCGAGGUUCGGUGCCGUUGUGUUCACAAUCAUCAUGACUUUGAGACAGGCGGUAUCGAUCCUGCUAUCGUGCGCGGUAUACGGGCACCGCAUAUCGGGCGGGGGCGGGGCGGGAGUGUUGUUAGUGUUCGGCGCCGUACUACUGCGACUGUACUGCCGGCACCGCCUGCGCAGGCGCAGAACUACGCACGCGUAGCGAUAUGACACGAACAAAUAAAUGCCUACGUAGGCGUAAAACUACGCACGCCUAGCGAUAUGAUAUAACAUAAGUGAAUAAAGAAAUCCGCACUCGUUAAACUUACGUUACUUACUUACUUUUACUAUUAAUAAACGAGGAAUAUCUGAGACUUGUUACGCUGUUGUUUAUAGCACUCAAGUGCCAAUUUCUAAAACAGUGAGCAGAGACGAAACAUUGAGAACUAAUUAAAGCUUUCUUCGUUUAUUAAUAAGGGAGACAAUGUUGAGGCCAAGACCGCGGCCGGCAGCGGCGGUGCGAUCACUUUCAGCCAAAUGAUUGUCAAUCCAUAUUUUUUUUGGCUGAACCCGGGCAAUGAAUUUGAUUUUGCAAUUCCAAAUGAAACUUAUCCCUAUGUCCCUACCCUUCCCUAAGCACGAACCAUUAUCUCAGUCGAAUAGUCGAAUCCCAUUUAUACGUCAAAUGUGUACUGAUUUCGUGCGAAUCUUGCGUGUCGAUAUUACUUACAAUGUUGGGACCGUGGCCGGCAGCGACGCGGCGAGCACUUUCAGUGUGAAAUAAUUUUGAACUUUAUCUACAUACUUUAAAAACUAGUAUCGCUUGAAAAGGACCCACGGUGUCGUGAGUUGGGUAUUUUCAAGCGAUACUGAUCUUUUAAGUAUGUAGAUUGUAGAUAAAGUUGGAAAAUAUUUCAUACUGAAUGCACACGGAAACGAGCUAAUCAUAUCGACGAAAUAAAGAAAUCAGUAUCUACCCUCAGCACGAACCAACCGUGUCAAAUGUCCAGAAGUUCGUGGUACUGAAAGUCCAUUGUGACAAGACAACAGAUAUCCAAUUACAAAAAUUCAAGUACAUUGUUUACUUCUUUCACAUAUUGUGCUUUCACAACAUACCUUCUUUUAAAAAAAAGCAAAGUCAAUUCAUACAGAACAACCAAGCUGAAUCACUCGAGUCUGGCAAAAUCCACAAAAGCGCACCGCCAUUUUCCAAAAAGAAGAAGAAGUCCAUUGUGGCGCUGUUCAAGUUUUUAUACUAAAUUUCUCGAUGAAGAUUCGCAUUCGCAAACGUUACGAAUUCGAUAUUGGUUCGUGCUAAGGUCCGAGCGAUUAGAAUAAAGAAACCAUUCCACUAACUUGUUUUCGGGAUUAAUCCUCUUGUUUUACUGCACACUUGGCCCGGGUAAAACAACGAACUUAAACAACAAACAAAAUGAGGAUAAUGUAUGUGCAAUGACAGCAAAUGGAAUUGAAAUAAAUAAGCAAAAAUGUUGACUAUGAUAGUGAGGUUGUAUGUAAUGUUUUUAAUACUAAGAAUCAAUUUGGUGUUUUUUUUGAAGUUUGCGAUCCAUUGCUGUUAAUAUUAAAUUUUAUUGUAUAUAAUAUGCAGUACACUGUAAAAACUAUAUUCUAUAUUUAUUGUCCAUUUCUGGAAUGAAUAAAACUUUCUUUUCCUUUGUACAAAAUGACUAAUUUUGUUUAUAUUAAUUUAAUUAGAAUUUAAAUCUUGAUGAAAAAUUUACUAGAAAAAGGUUUCCUUAUGGAGGGAGUGAACCGAGUGUUAUAUUUAGUAAAUUUUUCUUUAGAUUUAAUUUAAAAAUUAAAAGAUAAUAUUUUACUUAAUAAUUUAUAAUAAGUACCUUUAAAAUGUUUCGAAUACAUACACUCAAUAUAAGCAUGUGUUGUAAUUAUAGUCAACUUGCAGCAAUUUCGCUAAAUCUUAAUUCAACUACGACUAGAUUUAGCCCAUACAUUAAUGUUAAAUUAACAUUGUCGUAUUGACAUUUUUCUCUGUGAAAAGUUUUCUAGUGGAGGCCAUACACAUUAGGUUAUGCAACUUUUGCAUGAUGGUUUUAGCCGUGCAUGCAUAACCGAGUUACAUGCACCGAAAACUGUACAGUUUUAUCACAUACACGUAAGGGCUUGCCUGUCGGUUAUGCAUGUUCGGCUAAACCAUCAUGCAAAACCUAAUGUGUAUGGCUUCCAUAAGUCAAGUGUUGGUUGAUUGGGGAUUUAGCAAAAUUUCUGCACGUGCGCCUUGGUGUUAUUGUUCGUUAAUUUUCAUGAUUAGACAUGUUUCUUGUUAUUUUUCUCUUCAUAUGAUAAUUUUCAGUUAUUUUCAGGCCUUUUAUGUUCUUCCUAUUCAAACGUCUUAGAAAUUUUCUUGCGAAAAAUACGAUACAAGUGACAAGGACUUUCGGUCGAUUAAUGUGACGUAUAAAUAAUUUUAAACAGCAAAAAUAUAAAUAUUUCUCCUGUAAUUUUAUUUGUUUUCAAAUUCCUUCGGUGUUAUUACGUUCUUUGGAUCUUUAGUUCAUUCCGUAUGUGCAAAGUCAUAUUGAAUCUAUUGUAAAUACAAUUAGUAUAGGAACUAAUAAAACGUGUGCCACUAUUUCGAGUCUUUCUACUUAACGCUUAGGGUUCACUAUAGACUAUAAUUUUUCAAUUAUGUAUCGUUUUAUUAUAGUAGGGGAGCCCAAGCGGGGAUUUUUGGAUUUACUCGAGCGCGGCAGAAUAACAUAUGGGGAGAAUCCUUGCACGUAGUUAAGUACUCCCACUAUAUCUGAGCCAUCUAUGUUGGGCCGAACGUCUAGGGCAGCAAAAACAAAAUUUCAACAAACGGCCAUGACCUUUGGUCGGGUCCAAAUCGUCAGUCUUUUGAAUAAGAGCUACUGGAGGGUUCACGUAACAUCCCUUUUCAAUGUCUGACGCGCUCGGUUAUUUUAUCCUACAUUCUACCCCUUCGUACGGCCGGCCACCCCCAUAUCAUACAAACCGCAGCAUCAUUUUUUUCCGUUCUUAGAAACGUUACAUGAACCCUCUAGUAGCGUAUAUUCAAAAGACUGACGAUUUUGGCGCGACCACAAGUCAUGACCGUUCGUUGAAAUUUUGUUCGUUCUGCUCUGGACGUUCGGCGCUACAUACGAGGGCUCAGGUAUAGUGUGAGUACUUAACUAGGUGCAAGGUUGCUCCCCAUAUUUUAUUCUGCCGCGCUCGAGUAAAUCCAAACAUCCCCGCUCGGGCUCCCCUACUAUUAGGACAACGUUUUAGCUCUUAACUCUCGAGAAUAUAAAAAAAAUGAUUGAACAUAUUGUAGACAAAACUAAACAAGUCAUAUCUGUUGGGUUUGAUCUUGACGUUUUUUGACGUUGCCUAGUGUUAUUAGUGUAGUUAUUGAGAUCUAAAUAUACAUAAAACAUUGUGAACAUUAUAUAAUUAACCUAAUCUAUACAGGGUGUCCCACGGCCAUGUCACAUGGAAGGAAAGUAUAUUAUUAAAUAUUGAAGAGAGAACAUUUUACUGAAAGAAGACAUCAUUUUAUUUUUAAUAAGUGGAGCAGUUCCACAAUGGAUAACAUUUUGAACAUUUGAUAAAUAAAAUACAAAAAAAUGAACUGUUUCGUUUUUAUUCCAGUUUGUAUGCAAUUAUUUUAAAUAAAAUGUUAAAUUUCAUGAUUUUUCUUUCAUUUAAAAUGCUAUGCUAUUUAGGAAAAAAUAAACCGUAUAAUUAAUAAACCUUCAUCGGUUAUCAUCGGUGUUUUUGUUUCACAUUCCCCGAGUUGGAUUCCCGGUUGUGGCAGGCGAUUUAAAAAAAUCUGUGUAUGCAGUUCUACUUAUUAUAAAAUAAAAUGAUGUCCUCUUUUAGUAAAAUAUUGUAUAUUCACUCCAUGUGGCAUAACCGUGGGACGCCCUGUUUAGUUACAUAAUAUAUUAUAAAUUGUGUUUAUUUAUUUUAUUUUACCCUAGUUCAAGAUUGUGAAUUUUUCAUUAGCUAUAGGUAACCAUAUAUUUAGUUAUUAUAUCUACAGUAUUAUAUAUUGCACUUAAAUAUACAUAUAUUUGACAAAAGUAAGGUUUAUUUAGUUUUAGUAUUUAAGAUCUAUAUUUUUUAAGCAAGUAUCUCUAUUUAUUGAACCUAGUAUUUGUUUUAUGCAUAGUUUGUGAGUUAUAUAAUAUGAUUAUCGCACAUAGAGUUAUUUGAGUACCGAGUACAUAAAAUCUUUAUGUAACGACAAUUAAGUACAUUUUGGUAAUGAAGUUAAUAAAGGGUUUACAUUUGAGAGAGAAUAAAAUUACAGCUGUCAAUUUUAACGUCAGAUUAACGUCAGCAGUUGGCGCCACUGUGACUUAAGGUCUUUUGUAUGAUAAAUGAAGCUUUUGGCGAUAAUUUAUUGAAGGAGCAUUUAAAUUGAUCCAUCGACAUCGACACAUAGCAUGGAUGUUAGAGAGAAGGAGUACGAUCGCUUCGUACUAAAGCAUUAGCCCGCCUGUCCCUGAAAAUUUGUAGAAUUUAUAGUUCACUUUUUGGCCACCAGCCGCGCUGCUGUCGGUAAGUAGUAUCUGUGAAGUUAGCUGUUUAUGAGUACAAGUAGAUGAAGUUAGUUGAAAAUUGUACAAAAUUUCUUCGCGGCAUUGGUCAUUUCAAAUUAGCCCACUUUUAUUGAGAUAACUUAGCGAUCGCAGCGCCUCACUGAUUUUGUCCAUAUUUCUGGGACACUAUUUUCUACAGCGAUGUUCUCCUUAUCUCUAACCUCUAUGCUACAUAGUAAUUAGACGGAUGAGUAGACCUCUAAGCUCAGUUCUGCCACCUGGCGCCCGUCAUUCCAGAAAACCGUCAUUGAUUUUCUGGUUGUAUUUCAGUUUUGACCACCGUAAGGAAUCAAAAUGAGCAUAAUAAAAUAUAUAUAUUUUUAUAAUUGAUUAUGAAAAUUCGUUAGCUCGCAGCUCGCAUAACUGCAGAGAAAAUAGCUUAAAAAUUCAGUUGGAAUCAAUUGAAUAGUUUUAUUGUCUGACGAAAAUUUUGUGUUAAUUGAAGAAUUGUUGUAGAUGGAAAGAAUGGAGGUACUGUUUAAAUAGCAGAGUGAGUAAAAGAGAAGUUAAAAUAAGCAUUUACUUUGAAAAUGGCGAAAUUCUUUUAAGUUACCAUUUUCAAUCAGUCUUUACUUUAGUAAGAACGAAUAAUAAAUUUUAUUGAUGAUGGUCUUGGUUGUGCAAUAACUAAUAUCAAUCAUAAUUAGAUAUGAUUAAAAAACAAAACGUACAGACCACAAAGCACGAACUUUGACAGAUCCUUAAUCGUCAGCGUCAAAUUUUGCAUGGAAGGAGCCAGUUUGUUCUUACGUCCGGUAGGGGGCGCAAUUUAGUUUUCAUAGAAACUUUGACGAUGCGAUACAAUUACCGAGAUGUCCAAGGUCGUGCUUGGGCCUUUGAUCAAGACCACAAUUAUUCGACUGACUUUAAAUAUUAUACUGCCUGUUUAUAAGAUUCAUAGGCUUAACUGUACUUCCAGGGCCCCAUGCAGUGGUACUUCACACUAAGUUAGGUUAGUGUUGUGAUACAUAACGCGAGAGCCGAGCGAGAAAAGCGGGCGUGACGUGGCUGCAGCCGGCGAAGCGCCAGAAAAAGAUUCUGUUAAAAAGAGCUCUUCUACAAAAAAAAAUCAAGUAUCACCUCUUGAGCCCUGGAAGUACAGUUUUACCGAUUCAUAAUGAGAAACAAUUUGCGGUUACUUAAUGUGUCUGGCCUGUACACUGUAGUUACAGAAAGUUAAAAUAUGGUUUUGUUUUUUGAAAACAUCAAACUGUAGUUCGCACCCCGGCCUACUCCUUGAGCAUCUACCAUUUGUCUGUGAUUUUGCUCAAAAAGUUUGCCACGCUAUAGUUAAUAAUAAAUUUCACCUUCUGUCAUUUUCAUAGAUCACUCCUUUUUCAGUAAAGAUUGUGUGUAACUUUAUAGUGUAUUCUGAAAAAUCUGCUCAUUAAUAAUAGUCUUUAACGCGAUAGUUAUAUUGACUAUAAUACUUUAAAAGAACAAUCAAUCUGAAAAGACGCGUAAAGACCAAAAUCAGAAAAUAUCGGUGCUAUGAUUCCAGUUAAGAUUGCAUUUUAGGGUUCCGUGCUCAAAGGGUAAAAACGGAACCCUAUUGCUUUCACUCUGUCGUCUGUCUGUCCGUAUUUCACCAGUCUUUAGAUCGUAAACAGAAUGAGUUAUAAAGCUGAAAUUAAAUAAAGAUACAGGCUAGCGUAUUUUAUGUAGAAUGCUUGCCCAAAGGCGAAUAUUUUGUUUUUAUAAGGGCUGUAUCUCAAAAUGGAAACUAGUUAAGAAUGGAAAAGGUUGGUAUAUGAUGUCCCAUGUGGUCUUUUUAAACAACAAAUACGACUAAGACUAUUCAUAAUCUACUUUGCAAGUUGUGACGAAAACAAAAUAAUUAUUUUACGGAACCUUAAUAGAGCGAGUCUAAACUCGCGCUUGGCCAGUUUUUCCUUCAUUUGCUUAUAGUUUAACAUUACGUUUAUAAUUCCUUGUAUCCCAAAAGAUGUACUGGCAUUGAAUGUAUGAGACAUUUUGUGGUCCUACGUUGGGAUGAUUCAAAACUGCAAAAGUGUUAAAUUUUGGCGUACUACGGUAUACGUACCUUUGCGCUAUCGUUAAUUUUGCUGUUUUCACGACAAGUGAAGCCAAGCAAUAAUCGCAUUUCACUACACGGUCAUAAAUGUGACUAUUGCUUGGGUAGAUGUGUCCUGAAAACGUCAAAUGUUCCCGAUAGUGCAAAAGUGUGCAAAGGAGUAUGUAGAAUGCCUGUUUAUUUAAAGCACAAAUGAAAAAUAUGUAUUUAUGUUAUACAUAGAUAGUCCUUUUGGGUUAAAUGAGUUUGUUAACCAAUUUAAAUUAAGAUAUUUUUACUCUCAGUCUUCUGUUCCGUCAUGAAUUUUAUUUAACACGAAUAUUUAAAUUUAAUUAAAAUAUCAAACUUAAUUCACAUGUAUUACAAAUGUAUAAGUUAUGCUUUUCAUACAUUUCAAUGUAUACAGAUUUUAAUGGGACUUAUCUUUACUGCCAUUGAUGUUUGUUUUGUGAAAAAA